AUGAAAACCCGGCCGCCAGCUCGUAACCAUGAGGUCGUUGAAAGCCUACCUGUCGGCUCCGCAAGCGCGAUCCAGCCAACUGUUCCAGGAAACCGAGAAACACUCGAGUUUCCACGCGAUCAUUGUUUGAUGCUGUUUGGAUCGAAAGAAUCUGGCGAAGAAGGCGCACAGGCUAGAUACAACCAUGAUUUGAAUCUGCUCCAGGUACUGCUCCAGGUUGAUAAACUAGCCGAUGCUGAUGAACCAGGAAUUCGAGUUCGACGAAUUUUACGAUUAGGAAAACGAGUUGCGGGCAUCCACCGACCGCUAAAAAUUGUAUUCGAAAAUGCAGACGCUCCCAAGCGCUUACUUUCUCGCGCAUGGGGACUUAAAGGUAUAGAUAUUUACAUCAGAUCAGAUGUGGAUCCAUCUCAGCGAGCUCAGCUCAAAGCCGCUGUUGUGGGACUUCGAAGGCGCACCCUUGAAGGUGAAAAUGAUCUACGUAUCGUAAAUUUUCGAAUAGUCAAAUGGCGUGCAUUCAUAAACCGCCCGGUCACCUUAACAGCGCGCAGCCAGAGUCAUUCGCUGGCUUGCGUGUAG